GUUGUUUUUUCCACACACUUCCUUUGCUUCAUAAGUUUAUUCUAUCGUGUAAAACAUUUCGGCGCGCCCUGCAGCCCAGCUCGUCGCCUCGUUUACGCACGAAAUUUGCAGCUUGUCAACUUAACUUUACAGCAUCGCCGGAGGUGUUGUCGGUCAUUUCCCGUCUUAAAAUCGCCGGCAAGAGGUGCCUGAACUGAACUGUGCCUUAAGAAUGAGACGUUCAUUCAUGUCCUCUUUCUUUCUGCUUUCCAUCCAUCUCGGUUCUUUUGAAGGGGGACCGGACUGGAGACUCUGGGGACUCUGCAGAUCGCUCGUCAAUUAAAAGCCACAGCGGCGCAGAAUGGAUAGAUUUCACGACCAGCAAGUGCCUUACUGUAACUCCAAAGUGAGUUGACCAAAAAAAAACAAGAAACUUGGGAACAAAUGCAGACCUCUCACAUCAUCUUUAAUAUCUUUUCUUGUUCCAAACGUCUGUUCUUCUCUCUAAUACUUUUCUAUUGGUUCUGAUCUCAUCUCUGUCUUUCUUCCUGCUGCUGCCAAGACUCAUUUCUCCCUCAGGGACCAUUUAAGUUUCAUCUAAUAAUCAAAGAUCAACCGCUAAACAAGGUGCCCACUACUAUACACACCGCGUUAUUGGUCAUGCACCGUGUUACAACUUGCUAAUUAUAUCUGACGAGGUCUCUUUGCAUGGCUUUGGAAGUGUGUGUGUGUGUGUGUGUGUGUGUGUGAGGCAUCAAAUGAGUGGCUCAUUGAGGCUCUAUCAGUUCCACGUGCACUGCAGCCAACAACAGAAUCACUGCUCCAAUGAUGGAAAAGAAUAAAUUGAUUUGUGUCUCCUAUUUUGUUGUUGUUUUGUUGCAGAAGCCACUAGGAAAUACAACGAGCUGCGAGAGGCCAGCAAAUGACAGAAAGAGAAAAUUCAUUAAGUCCGACCUGGCUCUGGACACCGAAGAGCUCUUCCAGGACCUCAGUCAGCUGCAGGAGACUUGGCUGGCAGAAGCUCAAGUUCCCGACAAUGACGAGCAGUUCGUUCCAGACUUCCAGACUGAAAACUUGGCUUUCCACGGACUGCAGCUGAAGAUCAAGAGGGAGCUGCACAGCCCGUGUUCAGAGCUGAGCUCCAACUGUAGUCAGGAACGGCCCUUCAAACUCCAGUAUGGAGAGAAGUGCCCCUACAACGUCAGUGCCUAUGAGCAGAAGCAGCCUGCAGGAAUGAAGCCCUCCAGCCCAGUGACUCCCCCCUGUAGCACCCCUGUGUCCCCCCUCCACCAUGCCUCACCCACGGCGGCCCCGACGCCCAAACCAGACAGGACCUACGCCCACAUACCGGCCUCGCAGCCACUCCCUGACAGCGCCUACUCUAUGGACCACAGAUUUCGCCGUCAGCUCUCAGAGCCGUGCCACUCGUUCCCCUCCCCGCCCACGAUGGCUCGGGACGGCCGGCCCAUCUACCACAGGCAGAUGUCCGAGCCCAACAUCCCCUUCCCUCCUCAGGGCUUCAAGCAGGAGUAUCCCGACCCCCUGUUCGAACACCCGGCCGUGAUGGGGGCGCCGCUACCCCACGCGUACCCGGCCACCAUGAUGAUCAAACAGGAGCCGAGGGACUUCACCUACGACUCAGCAGAAGUGCCUAGCUGCCAUUCUGUCUACUUACGGCAAGACGGCUACCUGGCUCACGCUAACAGGACUGAAGGUUGUAUGUUUGACAAAGUGGCGAGGCAUUUCUACGACGAUACCUGCGUGGUGCCUGAAAAGGUUGAAGGUGACAUCAAGCAGGAGUCGGGAAUUUACCGCGAGGGCCCGUCGUACCAGCGCAGAGGCUCGCUGCAGCUCUGGCAGUUCCUGGUGGCUCUGCUGGACGACCCGUCCAACUCCCACUACAUCGCCUGGACCGGCCGCGGCAUGGAGUUCAAACUCAUCGAGCCAGAGGAGGUGGCACGUCGGUGGGGGAUACAGAAGAAUCGACCGGCGAUGAAUUACGACAAGCUCAGCCGAUCGUUGCGCUACUACUACGAGAAGGGAAUCAUGCAAAAGGUGGCCGGCGAGAGAUACGUCUACAAGUUUGUGUGCGACCCCGAGGCCUUGUUCUCCAUGGCGUUUCCCGACAAUCAGCGGCCGGUGCUGAAGACGGACAUGGAGCGGCAGAUCAACGAGGAGGACACGGUGCCGCUGUCGCACUUUGACGAAAACAUGGCCUACGUACAGGAGGGGCCCUACUGCCCGCCGCACCCCUACAGCGAGGGCUACGUUUAUUAACGCCAGCCCAUUAAAACACACACACACACACACACACCUCCACUCCACCCCUCCCCCGCCUCCUCCUCCGUCCAUACACCUGAGACUGUCAUGUCCUCUAAUUCACAGUCGCUCCAGGAAUAAGACUGAACACACACACACAUGCAGCGGAGCUUCCCUUAUCUCUCUCUCUCUCACAUAAACACACUUUUCUUUUUUUCCCAAGCCGCACAGCAGGAUGGAGAGUGCACUUUAUGGACAGGAAGCGCGGUGUUAACCUGCCAGGGGCUAGCUACGUGGUUGGCUUUUUAACCGUUGUUUAUGUUUGUACAUUAAUGUGGGAAUCAUUCGGUUUGUUUGUUUUUUAUUCUUAUGAUUUUCGAGCAUGUGGCGCCCCGGUGAGACAGGACUCAGUGGCAAACGGUCACCCAAGGACUGAAUCUUAAGACUUCCUGCAAAAGAGACUCGUCCACGCUCGCGCUGCGGAUCGAAGGAUGAUCACUCCUUUAGUCUCAAACAGCCGUCCUGUACUUUCAUGCUCGUUUUAAAGGGAAUACUGGCAACGUAUUGAUGCUUUUAUGGUGAAGUGACAUGAUUUUAGACUGAUGUGAUGAUGAAAGAGACAUUAAGCGGCCAUCAGCCAGUUUGAUCUCGUCAACGAUCCCCUCGUCCAAUCAAACUGCAGAUCUCAUCAUAACUGUGUUUUGUUUUUUGCCGUGUUGACAUGAAUCAUUCUCUCAAUGAAGCCUCUCGGGGUAGUGAAGUAAAGAAACAAGGGUGCAUCAUGGGAAUGUGCUGAUGAAAAUACGGCCUGUGUUUAAGAUAAUUCAAUAAAGCUCCAAGCCGCUGUAAAAUAACUCAUUCACCGUAAACAGCAGUUUUCCUUUGUAUUCUGAAUCAGCAGCGUUGGUUUGUCAUUCAGGUGUUCAGUUUCCUCAAUGAAUAACAGGUGAAAGUGUAUGUACAGUCAAAGUGGACACAGCAACCAACACAUUCAGGAUUAUUAUUUGCAUACCCCCCCCCAAAAAAAUAAGA